AUGUUUGGGAAAUUAGUUUCUACCUGCAAGGAAGCUUAUGGCGGGCAAGCGUCGACCGUAGGUGACCUGGUGACAUUAAAAAUUGAUUCAAAGCCAGUCACCGUUCGUUGUCACAAAGAAAUCGAUGGAUGCGGUGAUGGGGGAUGGACGCCGGUCAUGAAAAUCAAUGGCCACAAGAAAACCUUUCAUUAUGACUCACAUCGUUGGACUGAUAAGAAGGAAUAUAACUGUCCUGGUGGACUGACUGCGUUUGACAAGCGAGAAACCAAGCUACCGACUUACUGGAACACGCCUUUCUCUAAGAUAUGCCUUGGUAUGAAAACUGCCAAACGCACGAAGUUCAUUGUCAUCAACAAGCAGGCCGACUCUCUGCACUCACUGAUCGCUGAUGGAAAAUAUCGCAACACGUCACUGGGUCGAGACACAUGGAAGACACUUAUUGGUUCGAAGGGCUCCCUACAACCCCACUGUAACAGGGAAGGCUUUAAUGCUGUGUCUGACAAAGGAUCUCACUCUAGAGCAAGAAUCGGAAUACUUGGUAACAAUGAAAAUGAUUGCAAAGAUUGUGAUUCCAGAAUUGGGUUUGGUACUUGGGGGAAGCCUUACAAAUCGAUCACGUGUGGAAAUACAGCCUCACGGUGGCAUGGAUCGGAUAAUGGACGAAGAUAUAUCAGAGCAAUGGGGUACAUCUUGGUGCAAUAGAAAGGCACCACCUGGGAAAGAUACCACGAAACGAUAAAAUGGCGUUGCUGGAACCUUAAUCUCCCGUUAUUCAUUAUCAUAGCAAUAAGAACACGGAUGAAUUAAUGGGUGACUAGAUGAGUGAGUAAAUCAAAGACGACGAACAAAUGAAUCAGUCAUUAAACAAACACCUUAAGUGUCAUAGAAUAGAGAAUUAAGUUAUCAGAUGAUUUGAAAUUUGGUCCUUUUCCCUAUAAUCAGCAAUUAAAGGUAGCUCUUUUAAUGAGAGGUAUUUGAUAAAGUUUAAUAUUAAACUUUAAGCUUAAUAUGUCUAAGGAUACAGUUUACUUUAUUUCGAGUCCUAGUUGCCAAAAUAUAGGGCAUGAGGUAAUUAAAUGAUCUUUUUUAGAUUGGCGAGGCUUACCGUUGUAUGCUAGAAUUAGACAUUAAACGAGUACAGCUAAUAUUUCCUACUGUAUGGUAAGUGCUAAGCUAAGCUUAUUCCGUGAUAAUUUAAAUUUACGUUAGGUCUCUAAAAUGUAAAGAAUACUUAGAAAUUUUCCAAACAGCUUUUGGUUUAUAUGACAAGUAAGUGAGCUUGGAAUCGGAAACAGCCUACAAAAUAACACUUAGAAUAUUAAUGCGAAAAAGCGCACACACAUACAUACACAAAGCAAUGCUAGUUACGUAUAAAUAUGCGAAUAAACAUAAAAAUGGUAGGAAUCGGAUACAAUCUCACAGUUUUCUU